UCUCUCAGACCCAUCUCACCAAAUCUUCACGGAAAAUAAUAGCAAUAAUAAUAUCUAAUACCCAUUUAGAGCUUCGCUUUCUUGAGUUCAAAAAUGGCCAAUUUCAAGUGUUUAGCUAUUCUUGGUUUACUUGUUUUAACCUUCGCAUUAGGUGAAACCAGGGUUGCAAGAAAGGACUUGGGGAUAGACCUUGGUGGAGUAGGGGUUGGCUUGGGAGUUGGGUUAGGACUUGGACUAGGCGGUGGUGGGUCAGGGUCAGGUGCAGGAGCCGGUUCAGGUUCUGGGUCUGGUGGAUCUAGCUCUAGUUCAAGCUCAAGUUCAAGCUCUUCCUCUUCAUCGAGGUCUAAUGGUGGGUCAGGUGCAGGUUCUGAAGCAGGUUCUUCUGCUGGGUCCUAUGCUGGUUCAAGGGCUGGGUCAGGCUCAAAUGGCCAUGGAAAAUGAGUUCACGUACGUCUGUCUUUAUGAUGAUUUGCAAAGUUAAAGCAAAAAAUAAUAGUAAUAAGUGCAUACACCACUACAAGCAUAGAUAAUUAUUUAGACGUCCUCAUGUUGUGUGUUAUCCUAAAUCAAUGUAUUGUUGUUGCCUUUGUAUUUCAAGUUGCUUGCUGGAUCUAAAUUUUACAAUUGUUGUUUAUGUCUCUGUUUUAUUGCAACUUAUCUUGAUUUUUAGA